GCGGAUCGGGCCCUGCGGGGAGGCCGUGCCGGAGAGGAUCAGCGGGGGCCGGGACCGAGGACAGGAUCCCGUGCCGCAAGAGGGGCCCAGGCGGGGGCCAAGCUCAGGCCGCGAGGGUCGCCUUCCGCCACCGGUCAUGCCCACAGCGCUGUGCCCCCGAGUCUUGGCUCCGCAGGAAAGCGAAGAGCCCCGAAAGAUGCGGAGCCCCCCGGGGGAGGACCAUGGUCCGCAAGCAGAACCACCAAGCCCCGAGUCUUCCCGCCGGCUCUUCCGCCGCUUUCGCUACCAGGAGGCGGCAGGGCCACGCGAGGCUCUGCGCCGCCUGUGCGAGCUGUGCCGGGGCUGGCUGCGGCUGGAGCGGCGCAGCAAGGAGCAGAUCCUGGAACUGCUGGUGCUCGAGCAGUUCCUGGCCAUCCUGCCGCGCGAGGUGCAGAGCUGGGUGCGCGCACAGGAGCCAGAGAGCGGCGAGCAGGCGGUGGCGGCGGUGGAGGCACUGGAGCGCGAGGCGGGCCGGCCCUGGCAGUGGCUCAAGCACUGUGAGGAUCCAGUGGUAAUCGAGGACGGGGAGCAGGAGCCAGAGCAGCCACAGACGGAGCCGGCAGGGAGCCCUGACACCCAGCUCUUGGCCCUGGCACCGGGCCCCGGGCUCCCCAGUAGACCUGCAGGCCAACUCAUAGGGGACCCAGUUCUGCAGGAUGCCCCUCUUCAGGAGGAGAGCAUGCGGGGUGCCCCGCAGAUGGCCACCCUCCAAUUGCCUCUGAGCUCGGCAUCUCCCUUCAAGGACAUGAUUCUGUGCUUCUCUGAGGAGGACUGGUCCCUGCUGGACCCUGGCCAGACCGGCUUCUACGGGGAGUUCAUCAUUGGGGAGGACUGCGGAGUCUCUGUGACACCCUACGACCCAGCUGCCCAGCCAGACCUCUCCCUGGGGGAAGAGCUGCCAGAGUUGCAUGCAAAGGAAGCUCCCCAGGAUUCCUCAAUGGAUGUUGUGGCCUUGCAGCCCUCUGAAGUGGACGAAAGGAACCGUGAGGACCUGCAAGUGCCAGAAUCCCAGGCCUUCCAGCAGGCGGCACUUCCUCCAGACUCCGACCCAGCUGCAGGUGGCCCACAGACCCUAGAGAACGGCCAGGAGGAGCAGGAGGAGGUGACCAUCGAGAUUGUGCUGUCCAGCUCUGGGGAUGAGGACUCCCAGCACGGCCCCUACUGCGGGGAGGAGCCUCCCAGCCCCACCGAGCCACCGCUGCGCCGGAGGGCCGAGGCACCCACCUCCCAGAAGAGCUAUGUGUGCCCUUCCUGCGGCAAGGCCUUCCGCUGGAGAGUCAACUUCCUGCGGCACCUGCGCAGCCGCAGGGACCAGGACUCGCCGCACGUGUGCCCGGAGUGUGGCGAGGUGCUAGGUGAGGGCCAGGACCUGGAUGGGCAUCUAGAGGCCCACGGGGCCCAGAGGCCAUUCCGCUGCAGUGCCUGCGGGAAGAGCUUCCGCCUCCACUCGCAUCUGCUCUCCCACCGGCGGAUCCACCUGCUGGAGCCUGAGAAGCCACAAGAGGCAGGGCGGGACUACGCAUGCCGGGACUGCAAGCGCACGUUCCUGCGCCAGGACCACUUGGCUCGGCACCGCAGCCACACGCACCGGCGGGACGCGCUGCACCCUUUCCAGUGCCGCUACUGCGUCAAGAGCUUCACACAGAACUCAGACCUCCUCCGCCAUGAGCGCAUGCACAUGAGGCAGCGCUCCAAGCAGGCCCUGAACUCCUACUGAGGGAUCCCAGAUACCACCCCUCCCUGAAGCUGGCCCUGCAGGAGCCAACCGAAUGCCAUGGUCCCUGGACCGGCAGAGGGCUUGGCUGGGCCACUCCCAGCCUGCUCUGCACACGGGCCCCUGGGUCCAGGGUGGCUACUGUCCCGUGUGUAGCAUGUCCUCAGGAGGCACUCUUAGCUGGGAGCCCCAGGCCCUAGUCCCCUGUGAUGUAUGUGGGGGGUGGGCUCCCAAGGAAGAUAUUGGUCCUCACCUGUGCUGGGCACCUAUCUCAGAACACUGCCUGCCCCGAGAGUUUUGGGGUGGAGCUGAGCCCCCCUGGGCUUUGCCUGAAGUUGCUGUGAGUGGCAGGAAUGUCUGGCACUGCCCAGGGUCAGGCCCUCAGCAGGGCUGAACAUUCCUAGGGGCCGGAGGGAGGAUCCCUGAUUGGGCCAGCCAAGAGCAGUGACAUGGUUAAAAGUUGGCAUUGCCACUUCCUGGAGACGGAUGGGAGGGGGAGGAGCUGGGCCCUAGCAGCAGGUUGAAGUGCCCUGUGACAUCUAGAAGAUUCUAUAGGUGCAGCAGCUGCUGGGGGGUGUUGAUAGGGGGUCCUCACACCCAGAACCACAUGGUCAGAAUAAAUGGCCAAGGCUCAUGGUUUUU